AUGAACGAAAUUGCUUUCACUUCUCUGCAAGAAGUGUCUUCUGGCAGCUACGAAUGGGCUGUAAAAGUUCGCGUACUACGUAAAUGGCGUGGAGUGUCAAACACUGGCAAGGAGUUUAAAGGCUUCAACCUGUUGUUGUUAGACACUCAGAAUUGUAGGUUACCCGGUUUUGUGCCUGCUUUAAUAGCUCAGAAUUAUGAACGGAAAAUCGUGGUUGGUAAUAUUUAUGCGUUAUCCAACUUCACUAUCAAAGAUUAUAAACCUGAUGACAAGUUCAGGUGUGUGUGCUGUGAAAAACAAAUCUACUUCACGAAUUUCACAGAGGUUGAAGCGAUUGCGGAAGAUGGUGUGAUGAUAGCGCAUGAUAUGUUUGAUUUUUCUGAUCUUGGCGACCUCACAGAUAUUGCCGAUGACAACACGUAUUUAACAGAUGUCAUAGGAGUAAUUCAAAAAGAUUUCCCCUUGAGGAAAUUUGUGAACAAGAAUGGUGUCAGCCAAGUUCAGAUGAAAUUUGAAAUAACUGAUGGGAGAUGUUAUGGAACGGUAACAUUUUGGGAUUCUCUAGCUGAAGAAUUUGAACUAGCUCUGAAGACUGUAUCUGUGCAUCCUGCCAUAGUCAUAGUAGCCAAGAAAGUUGACAUCGCAAAUGUAACUGCCACCACGUUCUAUUUGAACUAUGCCCAUCACUCUGUUUCUGAUCUUAGACAAAUGUUAGGUUCUCCUUUAUUUUCAAAGUGUGAUUUCUCUUCUCAGAUUCCUGAAACUUUUGAGGAGCAUGGGAUUGAGUCUGUUAAAACCCUUGGCGUUGAGUACUUGAACAUGGAGGUUGUUUGUGAACUCAAGAUUAUAUUGAUUGUUAACAUGGACUGGUAUAGAGCUGAGUGUAGUUCAUGCUACAGAGAGAUCAGUGUUGUGGAUGGAGAAUAUAAAUGCAUAGUUUGUAACCGUGACGUUCCAUUUGCCGACAAGAAGUUUCAGGUAUUGGUUGAGGCGCUUGAUGAAAAAGAACACAUUGAGCUUUCUUUAAACGAUCGUACUAUAAGGAAGUUGAUUGGGAAGACUGUAGAUGAGCUCUUAGAGAAGGGUGAAACCCAGGAGAAAGUUCCAUCAUUACUACGUGCGCUUGAAGGUAAAUGGUAUUCUGCUAAACUAAAGAUCUCUCCGCUUAACAUCGAAGUACCCAGUAGUUUCUUUUACGUUAGUGAUAUGUUUGAGCUUGGAGGAUCUUUCCGCUCUUCGACGAGUACACCAAGCGCUGCUUCUGAGGAGGUGAGCACGAGUUCAAUACAUUUGGAUGGGCUUGAAGAUCUCAACUUCAAUUCUCCUGUUGUCACAAGGAAGAAGAAGAAUAAGUUUAAGUUUGUUGUCUUGAAAUUGCAUUUUGUUUUAUUUGUUUCACCUGAACGAUUUGAAUAUUUUCCUUAA